UGUGGAGAGAGAGAAGAGAUGAUUGGAUCAAAGUGAAAAGGAGAAGAUGAGUUCUGAUUUGUAUCCGAAGGAGUUUACAGCAGCAACAGGUGCCCGAGCAAGUACGGUCGGCGGAGACCGGUUAUAAUUGCCGGCGCUGCGACGAUCGAGGUGUCUGUUUUGGUGAUUGGACAAAGCCAUCUUGUGUUUGCUAUGUUUAGGUUGUAACAAAGCCAUCUUGUGUUUCAGAGAAUGAAGUGUGUUGUUCUGUGUUGUGUCUCAGAAAUAACCAAAGCUGCUCUCACACCACAUUUAAGAAGAAGAAACAAGUCAUGGUCCAUAAUGCAAUAACCACCAGAGAAAUAAUCAGCGACAUCGGUUUACUUCAACAAUGGCGUCCUCCUCUGUUCCUCGUGUAUCCAAGUAUGACGUGUUCCUCAGCUUCAGAGGAGAAGACACUCGCAAAACCAUCGUUAGCCAUUUAUAUGCAGCACUUGAUAGCAAAGAGAUUUUUACAUUCAAAGACGACCAAAGACUUGAGAAAGGAGAUCACAUUUCUGACCAGCUCCACAUAGCCCUCAAGGGUUCCAGCUUCGCAGUUGUUGUUCUCUCCGAGAACUACGCUACCUCGAAGUGGUGCUUAAUGGAACUUCAGUUGAUAAUGGAGUUUAUGAAGGAAGGAACACUUGAAGUCUUCCAUGUCUUCUAUGUCUUCUAUGGAGUAGAUCCUUCCACCGUCAGGCAUCAGCUAAAAAGUUUGAAUGUUCAAACAUAUCAUUUCUCUCCCGAAGAAUGAGCCAAGACCGAAGACAUGUGACACCAAAAACCAAGAUUUUGCUGUUUCUAUUUUUUUCUAUAAGUUGUGUGUCGUAUAAUCCAUUUGUUUCACAGAGAACACAUUUGUUCAAACAUAUCAU